UGAAUCCGAUCGUAUUGGUAACGACAACGUUAUGGCAAAAUCAUACUCCAAACACACAUAUAACAACACUUUGGAGCAAUUAAUGUUUUUCUUGAAAUUAACUAGAUAAAAAAUAAAUUAAAAGAAAAAAUAAAUCUUAAUAAAAUGUCGGAUAAUAAAGAAGAUGAUGAACCUGAGCGACCUAUUGUGGCAAAAAGUGCAGUAGAUCUUCAGAGAUUAAAACUUAUGAAGUUAAUGAAGAAUCCGGACAAACCAGUACAAAUACCAGAACGACCUAAAACCAAAUCAACACCUUCAGUACCAGAAUUCGUUCGUAAUGUGAUGGGAAGUAGUGCUGGAGCCGGUAGUGGAGAAUUUCACGUAUAUAGACAUCUAAGGCGUAAAGAAUAUGCUCGACAAAAAUUUAUUCAAGAAAAGAGUAAAAAGGAAUUACUUGAUAUAGAGUAUCAACAAAAAUUAGAAAACAACAAACGAAUGGCUGAAGAAAGAACUGCAAAAAAACGAGCUAAAAGAUUAAAAAAGAAAGAUAAACAAAAAAAACUCAAAUUGAUGAACGGAUCCAAGAAAACACAAGUAAAUAAUGAACCACAAAAUAAUACUACUGACGAAGAAUCUAAUGAUGAAGACGAUGAUCAUGAAGAACAGAAGAAAAACAACGAUAACAAUGAACAAAAAAAGAAAAAAGAGGAUGAAAAUGAACAAGAAAAGAAAGUAGAUAACAUUAAUAAAAAAGAAAAGAAUGAAGAGGAAACUCGUGAAAGAGAAAAAGAAGAAGAUAUUAAUGAAAAAUUAAAUGAAAAUGAUGAUGAUAAUCAUAAUGAAAGAAAAGAAUUAAGUGAAAAUCAAAAAAAUGAUGACAAAGAUAAAAGUGAUGUAGAAAAAAUUAAAAAUGAAUCAUCACAUCAACUAUUGGAAGAAGAAUUAAAUUGAUAAUAAUUGUUUUUAGUUCAAUUUCUAUAAAGUUUAUUUUCAGUCAAAAUUUUUAUUAAAAAAAAAUCAUACUUAACAAUCGGUUAAUCAUACAAAUUUAAGUUUACAUGAGAAAAAUUUCUAUACAAAUUAAUAUAAAUAAUAUGGAUUUACGAAAAAAAAAUUUAACGGAAAUAACUAUCUUACAUAAUUAAAAUUUACAUUCAUUAUUAAUAUUUGUAAAGUCAAAUAAAUUUGCUAAUAUUUUAGCAAUAUUACGUUCAUUUAAUGUUAAACCAGUUCGUGCAAAGUUGUCCAACUUCAUUUUUGCAUUUACAAAGUCAUCUGUUUUCUCAGGUAAUACUCGUUCCUGAAAUUCAUGUAUCUUUAUACUAAAUGAUUUCAUAAAAAUUGUAUUAAAUAUUCAGUAAGUAGAAAUUAGCUAUUAUGAGAUAGAACAUUAUUUUUGUAAUGUAAAUACUGUAAAAAUGAAUAGAGUAAUUAAUUACGUAAAAAAAAUAAAUUCUUACUCGAAAAUAUUUCAUAUGCACCAUUAUAUCUUGUAUUCUAUCUUUUAUAUCAGGCCAUAAUCCUUGUAAAUCAGAUAACUCGGUAUGUGAUGCUAUUUGGCCGAGAGUUAAACAAAGCUGAAAUAAUUUAGUUAUUGAAUUUACUAUGGUUCUCAUGAUUUGACAUUGAUAAUUUAAUUUAAUUCCAACUAACUUGUUGAACUAGAGCAUCAUGAUGAUGGUAUUCAACGAAAUUAGGCACAUGUUGAGAGUUAUCGAGAGCUAAAAUAAUAUUCUUCCAUAAAAAUGGAAUAUAUUUGUCAUACGAUUCGCACAUUUUCAAAGCCCAGGCAGCAUUUGUACGAACUUUAAAAUUGGGGCUGUGACAAACCAGAUCACAUAAUGCUGGAAAUACCCUAUCCUUAAACAAAAUAAAUUAUUUGGUUAUACAAUUCACUCAUUUUAAUAUUAAUAGAAAAUUUCACAUACUUGCCAAUGAGGAGCAACUGCUGAUAUUUGUUGUUUACUUAUCACAAAUCCAAUAGCACGACAAGCGUUCCAUCGAACCUAGUUAAAAUAUAAUAUUCCUGUAAUAAUCAUUAUUUUCAAUAAAAAUAAAUUAAACUCA